AUGGGUAGUGGUAAUGGGGACGGCGUGUUUGGUUGGCCCAGAAGGGGGCUCGAUGAGGCGGGAUACAACUACUACCCUAUCUUCUACUGCUUUGAUACCGUCGAUGCCGCAAGGCAAUGGGAGAUUGUGGUAACGAAAGCCAUAGAAAAAUGGCAACUGGCCUUGUACCCAUAUUCAGGAUUGCGCAUUCAACUGCAUCCAUACUGCAGAGGGAACUCCUAUGUCACUUGCAACCAGAUUAGGAGCCCUACAGACUGGUUCAAAAUCGAAGACGGCGGAGGUGAAGGUAGCUCAUCGUCCUCGACCGGAUACGAUUAUUACGAACGUAACCCUUACGAAAAGCUCACCCUGCGUGGAUACGAUGCCCGAACUCACGAUAUGCUAGUUGUUGACUGCGCCCAUGAGCUAGGGCACACAAUGGGCCUAGGGCACGAACACCAACGCCCCGAUCGCGAUGAGUGGCUCGAGUUCCAUUGCAACAACCUGGCUGGCGCGAGCGCAGCUCAUGACGACAUUGACGAAAACGGAGACUCAGACAUCGACUUCAUUGGCUUGAACCAUGACCAGAGAUUUGACAUGGCAUGUACCACUCGCGACAAGGCUGAGAGAUACUUUCCGGAGGCCUUGUCUUAUAUCAAAUACGAAUAUCUUGGCUAUCCUUGGACAAACUUCGAGAAGGACGCAGGUGCAUUGGACGUCGACAGCAUAAUGAUAUAUAGCACAUGGCAGGCGAUAGACGAGGAGCCAGACGAGGAAAACGACUUUGAUUACGCUGAGCUGUUCUACUACGACGAGCAUGCUAACUUGGCUGCAAUUUAUCAAGGCGGCAAUCUGAGACCUCUUCUAGCAGGCCCGACUAGGAGGAACGUCAUGCGAGUUAUCUAUCUGUACCCCAAGUGGGAUGGGCAGGCUGAUUGA